AUGUCGAUCGUGGGCUGGAUCCUGCUUGCCAUCAUCGCCUACUUGGCUCACGCUGCGUACCAGCGCGUCCAGCACUCACGCAAGCGCGCCGAGUUCGUGCGCGAUCGAAGGAGGGCCGCCGGCAUCCCGGACGAUGAUCGCAGACCAUUUGCCGUAGCAAGAGCUGACGCGCUUUCUCGCAAAUCACAGCAACGUAGAGACGAGACUUUGUCGACGCCAAACAAAACGCGAACAUCGGCGAGGCCACACUCGUCAUCCCGAGCAACACUCGAUCACGAGGCAGCGGGCCGGCUGUCAGGCAUUCCGGGAACGCUUCCUGGAUACCUCAAGGACACGCUGGCAUCCAAAGCCCCAUCCGCCUCGCCGAACUAUCAGCGCCCAUCACAACAUUCAAAGGCACCGCGCAGCCCAUCCCCGGUAAAGGUCCGCAGCGGCACCAUCAAAAUGAACCCAUCGAACGCUGCAAUGAAACGAAGAGCAUCGCAAGCACCAGAAUCGCCUUCCAAGGCUGCUCGUCGACAAGCAGCGCCAACAGCUCCUAGCUCACCCAGCCCGAGCAAACUCGAACGUCACCACCAAGGCCUAGCAACAAAGAAAGGUGACUCGAAGCAGGCAAAGGUGAAGCGCGAGGCCAUCCCCGGCACGUUUGGAAGCGACCCAGCCACCAGCGACCACGAGAUGUCGGAAGCCGAGCCAGACAGGCACGAAGAACAGGAACCCAAGCAAGAACCCAUGGAUGAGGACGCACUGCCCAAGCGAGCGGCUGACCUUGGUGCAGCACCGCUCAGUGCGCUAGCACGCUCAACAGCCAAAAAGCGCGAAGCGGACGAGCUGGACCACACAGACUCGGAGGCGAGCUGGGAGCCAAGCGAUGGCGAAGAGCACAUCGAUUCGCACCCUCCCAGCUCGAAGCGAUCGCGCAAGACCAACAAAGAGCUCGACCCGAGUUCGUCGCUCGACUUUGAGAUGGCGCUGCCGGAGGAAGCCAUGGCGGAUUUCAACCCCGCUGCCUCAUCGACAGCGUCUGCAGCUGAACCUGCUUCGUCGCGCAUCAAGAGACGUGUCGACACGUCGGACGACCGGCAGCCCGGCGAGGAGUGGAUCGACUUUGAAGGGCUGCGGUGGCGCAUUCAUCCGGAGACGCACGAGCUGGAGCGUUGGAGCGACGUGCUCGAGUGGCGCUCCAAGUACCGCAUGCCGCGCGACUCGCUGCAUCCGAUGGCGCGCGAAGAGCAUCAAGUGGUGGUGCACAAGUGGCUCACCAAGCACGCGUGGGAAGAGGCCAAGGCGAACAAGCUGCUGGCAUUCCAGGAGGCCGAGCGUCUGGCAGACAAGGAGAAGCAGGACAAGAUCGACGCCGAAAAGAUGCAGCGCAAACAGGAGCUGCUUGCCAAGAUUCGGCAGACGGCCUCGCCCAACAAGCGCAUUCAGUCGUAUCUGAUAGAGCAGCACAAGAAGAGCCUGCAGCAUAGGGUGUCACAGAGCGACAUUAGUGCCGACAUUUCGAUGGCGUCGAAUACGACGCUCGAGCCCGAUGAGGGUACUGUCAGUAUGUCGAUCGAUUCCAUGUCGGUCCUGGACGGCUCGACGCCGGGAAAGCCUAGGUCGAGACGCAUCUCGCUGCGCGCCAAUACGCCCGGCAGAGGAGAGACGGCGCGUGCGGGGGGCGAACAACGCUCGGCCAACUCGUCCACCACUGCCAGUCCGACGCGACGUAACAGUCCGCUCGCAACACCGUACCGUGCGAUUCAGUACCCCAAGCAGAGAAAGGCCAAAGACGCAUCGCCGCUCGUAAAGUCGUUCCCACCACCUUCACCGUAG